AUGGCGUUCUUUGGAAUGGGACCGAGUUCGAGACCAAGUUCUAACGACACUAAGUUGUACGAUCUUCUUGGAGUCUCUCCGAAUGUCGAGAGUAAUGAAUUGAAAAAGGCAUAUAGAAAGCUUGCCAAACAAUAUCAUCCUGAUAAGAACCCUGAAUAUGGAGAGAAGUUCAAAGAUAUCAGCUUUGCCUACGAGGUGUUGUCAGAUCCUGAGAAGAGAGAAACCUAUGAUCACUAUGGAUUGGAAGGUUUAAAGGAAGGUAGAGGAGGUGGAGGAGGAGGUGGUAUGGAAGACAUUUUCUCCAGUUUUUUUGGUGACAAUAUUUUUGGAGGUGGAGGUCAUCCAUUUGGUGGAGGGAGAGGUUCUAGACGUCCAGGGAGAAGGAGAAUGAAAGGAGAAGAUACAAUGCACCAACAUAAAGUAUCUCUUGAAGACUUGUAUAAUGGGAAAGUAGCCAAGCUGCAAUUGAGUAAAAAUGUAAUCUGCACUUCUUGUGGAGGUGUUGGGGGCAAGCCAGGCGCUAUGCAACCCUGUCGUACAUGCCAUGGUAGAGGUAUCAAGGUGACUAUACGACCACUAGGUCCAGGAAUGGUCCAACAGAUGCAAUCUACUUGUCCAGAUUGUAGAGGAGAAGGUGAAAGGAUUAAUGAGAAAGACAGAUGUAAGAAAUGUAAUGGAAUGAAAGUGAAUAAAGAAUCAAAGAUCUUAGAGGUUCAUGUUGAUAAAGGAAUGAGAGAAGGUCAGAAGAUAACAUUCAGAGGAGAAGGAGAUCAACAGCCUGAUGUUGAAUCUGGUGAUGUUAUUAUAGUGUUAGUGGAGAAAGAGCAUAACCAGUUUAAACGAGUGGGUAGUGACCUCUACAUGGAACAUACUAUUGGAAUCACGGAGGCGCUAUGUGGGGUCCAGUUCUCAUUAACACACUUAGAUGAUAGGAAAAUUCUCAUCAAGUAUCCUCCAGGAAAGGUCAUCCAACCAGGCUGUAAACGAGUUGUUGAAGGAGAAGGCAUGCCUCUAUACAGGAAUCCAUUUGAGAAAGGAAAUCUCAUCAUCAAGUUUAAUAUAGAAUUUCCACAGAAUAACUUCACAUCGGAAGAAAAAUUGAAGGAGCUUGAGCUGCUGCUUCCUAGUCGGCCUGAAACAGUCACACCAAGUGAAGAUUCUGAAGAGGUAACAAUGCUAGACUUUGAACAGAGUAAUUCAACUGGUAACUCCCGUGAAGCUUACCAUGAAGAUGAUGAAGAUGAUGAUCACCCAGGUGGAGGUCCCUCUGUACAAUGUGCACAUCAAUAACAGUAGCUUGGGUUUAUCAGUUCUACUGUGAAUCUGGCUUGAAUGGAAAGCCACUCGAUGAGGGCAGUAAGGAAGACAGCUUGAUCAACUACUAUAGAGUACCGAAGUGAUGAUGUCACAUAAUGUUUUUUUUAUCCCAUAUUUUGGCAGAGCAUGAUGAAAAACAUCCACAACCAAAAUUUGUUGGGAAUCAGUCCAUAGGUUCCUAAGUUGUGGCAUUAUGAAAGCAGUGUAAACUUGGCGUGGUUCAAAACAUGCACCUUGCCAAUUUACACUGAUAUCAUUGGGGCACUGAUUCGUCUGGCUCUACAUUGGGCCAUGAUAAACCGAGUCAUGUCCAAUUUUUGAUAGAUGGAUAUUUUUCAUUAUGCUCUGUACUGAACUUAUGUCAUAAAAAUACUAAAAAACACGAAGAAAAUUGAUGAUGUCACACUUUGGUACUCUCUUGAUCAGUGCCCAUUGUAACUCUAGUUUUUUUUAAGGGUUUUAUAUACCCAUGCCAUACAUAAUUUGGUAUUUUAAUAUAAUCUGUCUGAAAAAAAAAACUGGUCAUUAAAGUAUGGAGUGUGUAGAUAUUUUCCCUUCUGUCCAUUAAAUUUCAAAUUAAGUACAUUGUGCAUUUUGUCUCGGGAUUAGACCCUUAUCAUAAAUCUGUAUUGGUUGAAGAAUGCUUUUUCUUUAUCACUGGCUAGUAAAUGAUUUAAGAAUUUUAUGUGACAGAGUUAGAUUCAAUCUCUUACUCAAUUCUUAGCACUUUCCUUUAUUCAGGAGGUAGAUUUACAAUCCAUUCACAUUUGAAGACAAUAACAAUAAAUGUUUAAAAAUAAUGGUACAGUUCGGGAAUUCAGAGUACAGGGGCAGAUAUGGAAAGGGCUCGUAGACCAUAUGUAUUUGUAUUGGUGGGGGGAACAGCAAAAAGACAUUGUGAGGAUAAUCUGAGGUUAUGUCUUGGUUUAUAUGGUUCAGUGAAUUGUGAUAUGUACUGUGGGCCUUAUAACAUAGGAUAUCUUAAAGAGUAUAUGUUUUUCAAGAGCCAAACGAUAGAGUGGAACAGUACAGUGGAAAUUGGGUCUCAGAGCAAGCACAUGUUAUGAGCCUCGCCCAUGUAUUCUGGAUUCUCUGAAGAACAUAACAGUUUAAUAAAUGGAACAUGUCUCAAGGUAAUCAAAUCUCAUCCUCUGUCUCUGUUGAUAUCAAGUGAAUUUAAAGUGUUUGCAUUACUUGUUCAUUGUACACCUUUUGGUUGAGUUGGAGUGUUCUCCAUUGAUGAAAAGCCCUUCUCUCACAUCAACCUUAACUGAUCUGAUCAUUCAGCGCUGAACAUCGUAGUUUUUACUUUCACUCCUAACAAUUGAAUUCACACUGUACCACAUACCUUUGUACUCUGACUUGAUUACAUUCUUCAAGGCCCUGUCACACUUUAUCACAAUCAGCAAGAAUCGAGCAGAAUGAGCUGGAGAGAAAAAUGAAAAAUAUUCUGGAAAUAUGGGGGGGUUCAAAUCAAAUUGACUUGAUUUCAAAUACAUUAAAGUGACUCAUCACACACUGGUCACCCUAGAGACAUAAUAGAGUCAAAUUGAAAAUUUGUGCUAUGCUCUUGGAUUUUUGAGGAGCAUUCCUAAAAAUAAUGACUGUAAUCUGAGUGCAUUCAACAUAAUUGGACCAAUUCUUGUGACCGUCAAUUGCUUUUGUCUUAAAAAUUUGUAGGUGCAUACGAAGUGGAAAGAACAUCGGACAGUGUUCAAAUUCAUUCAAAGUAUCCUUUCAAAAUUCCAGCAACAUUUAAAACAUAUUGAACACUGGAAGAGCUGCAAAGCAGGGGAAACUUGACUAGCUGGUGGUCAAACAACAGUCAUUUCAUUUCAGUCAAUUUGGCUUGAUUCGGAAUAAGUGUGAUGGGGCUUUAAAUUUACUUGACAUCCAAUAUGUAUAAAUACCAAUGACUCUGUGUAUAGUUUUUAGGCUGAGGAUGGGGUUAGAUUACUUUGAAACUUGUUCUAUGUAUUAAACUGUUGUUUUCUAUUCAUUAUUGUUAUCAAGUUAAUAUCAUGUCAAUCUUUUUGGUAAGCCUCGCAUUUCUUUUAGUUAGAAUUAUGUUUUCUUCAUGCAUUAUCCUUUUGGCCUACCAAAUUUUCAAUAGAUUAAAGUGACCUAAAAAUAGGAGAAAAGAAUAUUAAUUCCCAUGGUAGAAACUACAGCUAUAUGUAAUGAAGUGAAAGAUAGAUAUGAAUAUAAAUUACACAAUGGUGUCUGAUCCAAGAGCAUUUCAUUGAAGUUACAAGCCCUGAAUUAAAAAGAAUACAUAUAUAUCUGAAGGUCUUUAUAAUGUCCAUAUAUCAGAAAAUGUAUCUCCUUGAACAUGUUCAUUGUUAUUUCCACUUCCUGAUAUAGUAUCUGUGUGUUUGUAAUAACCACUCAAUCAAUUUAAUUUUUCACACGAUGUUGCAUCAAAGUAUGUUCAUUUUAGUUCACUAUUGUAAGUUUUUUAAUGAUUAUAAGUUUUUUCUUCCUUAUUAAACUUGUAUAGGGAGACUUGAGUAUGAAGAGUAAUUGUCGUGUAUGUACUCAUAUUUAUUAAAUAAAAUUUUGAUAAAGAUUUGUAUAUUCUAAAGAGCAAAAGUAAAAAAUUAAAUGUAACAUUUUAUGUGAAACAGAAGUAAUGCUUUACACACAAAUGAUGCAUUACACAUAGGAAAUCGAUAAUAUGUAAGUAGUCUGUACCUAUAUUCAAUCUUAUUUUGCAAUGCUGAACAAUUAAUUAUUUAUUAUUUGCUACAGUUCCAUCUCUCUUUCGAGUGAGAUGAAAUUUUGUGUUUUUUAUUGCUAUUUGAUUUUUUUACAUGUAUAAGCAGAAAAUCAUUAAUGUCUUACAGUGGAAAUAUAAAAGAGACAUUGUAAUAGUAGGAAUUAUCAAGUUUGAAAUAAAAAAAGUUUGAACCAGGCAUAUUACCGGGCUAUAUCAUUAGUGGUAUCUGAUACUAUGUUUCUGCGACCGGUAUAUAUUUAAUUUUUGCUUUCUAAUUGCACCAUCCCUGCAAGUUUGUGAAGCUUUAAUUUAUUUAUGAUCUGUCUGUACUGCACUAAUUAGUCUUAUACAGAAUCAUCUCCUUUGCACGGCUUCAUUAAAAAAAAAAUAUGUUAUCAAAUCUGUAUGAAGAAAGCAGCAAAAUUUCAUUUGUUAUAUGUUCAUUAGACUUGCAAUUCUUUGUAUAUAAGUACAUUUUUCACUCGACAAAUGCCCUUCCAGCCAAUGCAUUUUCCUUUUUUUUUUCAAAUAAUUGUCUACCUGGAUGUAAAACAUGAUUGCAUCUUCUAUGAUAACAUCCUACACCUGAAUUUAAAAUAAGGGCUUUUAUUUAAUUUCCUAUUAUUCUUGUUCUUAAAAUGUCCAACCAUUGAGUACCCCAUUCAUUUUGAUAUGUUUAAACCUCCAUGUGUGUCAGACACUUAUGUAAAUUAGGUUUAUUUGUCAUCCUAUCGGCCAAAGCCUUGCUCACACCAUUCUGUCUUAGGCUGCAUAUUGCUGCGUUAGCCUAAAGCAACGAUGCACAGCUUCAAACGCAGCAAAAUAUUUUGUUGCCAUGACACUUGUUUAUCAGGCAGUAAAGUGAGGAGAUAAAGUGAGGUAAACCAAAUUUAGCAGUUAUGCUGUGUUUGCCUAUAUGUAAGCUGCUCGCUAUUGCUCAUUGUUGCUUGUCCUAGCUCACGUUUAUUACCAUUCGCCUUUGCUUGUCUAAAUUUUGGUUUUGUUCAAUUGUGGAUGUUUGAAAAAUGUCAACAAACCUAGCUAGAACACGAAACCUCUGUAUUAGUCGGCAUAUUGACCUCAUAUUAGCUUGUUUCAUUGUGUUGUGUUGCCUGUGGUUGUAAUUAUCUGUGUUGAGGCAAUACAUAGCUAAUGAAUAUAAGCCCAGAAUGCAAAGGUGUGAGCCAGGCUUUAACCAUAAAAGGACUACGCUAUUUGAGAUGUAAUGAGGACUGGGGGUGGGGGGAUGCUGGCCCCCUACCGAUCUCGGCUGCCGUUCGCAGAUUUGCAUCAAAAUUUGGUACACACAUUCUUUACAACAUAAACUUCAAGCCAGUAUAAAAGCAAAAAUUCCCAAAAUCAUUUUUAAAUAUUAUGAAUAAAAUAUGCAAAUUUAUAUGCAAAAACAUUAUUUGCAUAUUCUACACCCAAUUUGACUUCAAAUUAUCAUUUUUUCUCCAGAUGUCAUCUUUGUAAUAAACCUUAUUUAUGUUUUCACAGAAAAUAUUGCAAAAGCCAAAUUUUUUCUUGUGUUUUUCUUAUUAGAAUUUAUUUGUUCAUCUUUUGAUUUUCAUUGUGUUUCUUUACUCAAGGAAUAUUACAAACCAUUUAAGAUCUACAUGUGGCCCUAAAGUAGACCAAUUAGAAUGAAAAAUGAUCACCUUUUUUAUGAAUUUCAUCUCCCUUCAACUUUGUACAAAAAGUAUAAAAAUUAGCCAUUUUUGGCCUGACAUUGUCUCGUAAAAAGUCAUGUGGUGUCAUGAUGCUAUACCUGUAUAGAAUUUGAUCUCAAAGUUUUGUGAAACUACAAAGAAAAAAGUCCUAAAAUUUUGAAGCACUGUCAAGAAGUCAUUUUUUAUUUAAAGUGCAGUAUUGUGCUGAUUAAAGCAGAAUAUAGGUUUGCUACAAGCCUGAUGAUGACGCGAUCACAAUUUGAAAUUGAAUUUGCUUUUAUUCCUACAGGGAGGCUGGAAAUAGACUGGAAUCUUGAGUAUAGUAUUCAUACCACUGUUCAGAACUUUGAUCGCUAAGAUUUUAUAGUUUGGAGUGUUCAUAUCAAAGUGCUAUUACAAUUUCUUUGAAAAUUGGAUUGCAACAGAUUGUGUACUGGGCUUUAGAUGUUAUUUAUGUACCUGAUGAAUAUUCUGAUGUCUGAUCCAAUCUUCAUCUUAUUUGAUGAAUUUUUUUCUUAAAAGAUAGCAUUUUGGCUUAUGGCGCUAUGGCAACAGAGAAAAGAUACUAUAAAUCAGAAGGGAGUGAUGAAUUUGGAAUUAGCACAAUAUGAAUGCAAUAUUGUUGUGUAAAUAAAACAGUUAUAAUACCAUGGUGGAUUUCUCCUAAUAUUGGUGGUAGAGUUAUCUAACGAGUAUGAUAUCAUCAUCUGAUUUUCAAGGUGCUGCAUAUCUGUAGUUCAGUUUUAAAUGGUUUUGCUUUUUCAUGUACCUUCGGGUCUAUCAAAGGAGUAUACCAAAUUAUGAAAUAUUUGAUAAAAACCAAUCAGUCUAUGACUGUAAGUAAUAAUACAAUAUUUGAUGUUUGUUUCAAACAUCAAAGCAAAAAUAUUGAGUACGAAUAUUGCAGUAAAGACAAAGAGCAUAAUAUUCAAUUAAGUUUCAUGUAAGUCACCCUUAUUCAGAGCUGCCAAGUAGUACGAUUUUUCCGUAUUUAGUACGUUUUUGCAACCAAAAUACGGCAGUACGUUUUUUCUUUAAAAAAUAUGUUUUUUGUAUUUAAAAAAAAAAAAAAGAUCGAAAUUUAUGAAGAAAAAUCAUCUCUAUAUGUCUCUAUUUCAUGAAACGUACACAAAUAUGGUUAUUACAUCAAUGUAAUUUCAGGUAACUUGUUUUUUUUUUCAAUCAUUUUGUAAAAACAAGGGUGAGAAAUAUACACAAGUUUCAAUGUUUGUUUUUUUUCAUCUGCAAGAGCAGUGCACAUUUUAGCUUGCAUGCAUCUUGAGCGCCGUGAUGGGCGAGUGUGCCAAGCAUUUUAUUAUGAAAUACACUUUAUUUGGGGAAAAUACAAAAUAUUUAUCUCACACGGUAAAAAUACUGAUUUUGGGAGAUAAGAAUACUGAAAAUGCAAAAUACAACUUGGCAGCUCUGCUUAUUCCCAUCGCAAACCAUUUUUGUACCAUUAUUUUGUGUUAUAUUUUGUAUUUAUGUCACAAUCAAAUGUCAAUAAUUUGCCUGUUUUUGUGUUGCUAUUGAUUCCUUGUAUUAUCAGGGUUUGCCUGUUUCUUAAUUCUACUGUCUCAACACACUGAUCAUCUCAAAUUCAAUCAAACAGUUUUGAUGAUGAAAGUAAAAUCUCUGUGAAAUCAUAAUAAAUGUCAUCGUAGGGAAAGAAUACAAAAUCUAGAAUGACAUGAAAUGAGACAAACAACCAAUAUUAUCACUCUUCAGAUUUCCUCUCAUCUUAAACUAUAAAAGUCUCUUUUUUCCAGGGAUGUUUUAAUUUUGUUUUAAGUUUUGACCUCACCAACACCAGUACCAACAACAGGGAUAAUCUGAGGUCAAUCCCAAUAUCAACCUGAUAUCAAUUACAAUGUUGUGGUUGGAGUUGGUGUAAGUCAAACGUAAGUUUGACCGAUAUUGCCAUGGCAACAAGUUUUCACAAUUCUAUCUCCAGUUUAAGAUUAUGUGAAAGUCCUCUGUUUAAACUUUUCUAAGGGUAAAUUCUGAGGUGUACCAUGAAAUUUAUAAAUUUCCCAAUUCAUGUGGGCUAAAUUGAUGAUUUUGAAAUUUAGUGGCAAAUUUAAUUGGACCGAAUUCGUAUGUGUGUUCUCCCAGUAUAUCAAACAUGGUUAGUUCAGUAUUUUGUUAUGAUCUGUGUUACAGCUUUUAAUUUUAUUGAUAUAUGUAUUAUGUUUGGAAUGAUUACAGGUAUGGAUAUUCAUUAUUGUUCAAUUCUGGUUAUGUGUGAGUGAUUAUAUUAUACUGCUGUGGUUCUGUAGAUGCAGUAGAUUAAGAAUGAUAAUAUGGGAUGUGUAAAAUAUCAAGAAAAUGAAAAACUAGUUAUCAAAACUAAAUCACAGCCAGAAUCACA